CUGUGCCGCGACGCGGCGGACUGGCUGAAGGGCGUGCCAUACCCGCCCACCGGAGCAUCUGGCGCUGCUGGCGAGAAAGAGGCCUUCUUGCGAGCUUGCAUCCUGGACGUUUGCUCAGCAGAGCCAGAGGAUCGCAAGGAUGUGGCGGAGAACGCUGGCGACCAGGAUCCCAGUGAGCCUCCGGUACCGCCAUCAACGACGACCACCACGACCACCACGACCACGACCAGCACUUCGACGACCACCACGACGACUCCAGCAAUUGUCGGUGAUGAGUUGUAUGUCUUCGGUUUCACUCCCUACGUUGGCUCUUCAUCGCCUUACAUGCCGGAGGGCGUCGUUGAGGUGGAGUCCCUCCCCGACGGCAACACACGCCUUUCCUGGAGCCUCACCGGCCUCGACCCGGGCUGCAGCAGGACUUGCAAGAACGACAACUGCUGUGGGGUGGUCAUCUACGAAGGCACGAGCUGCGAGGAGCCUGCAGGCUCUCCCCUUUGGGAUGCCGGGGUGUCGGUGAGGUACACCUCCAGCCCAUCGAACGUGCUGUCCAAGGAAGUGAAGACGGGCCUUGCAAACGACGACGUGCUGGGCCGCACUGUGGUGAUCCAUGACAAGAAAGGCAGAAAAAUUGCCUGUGGCAUCAUCGAGCCGUCCACCACCACGGUCUUCGAGAAGUACCCCAAAUACGGUGGUGACCUCCCAUUGACAUCCGGUGGUGUCCAGGUCGAGUCGGAGGACGGAACGCAGACGCUCAGCUGGCUGUUCACGCAAGGCCUUGACCCCCGGUGCGAUAAGACCACAUGCACGGCAGCCAAUUGCUGCGGUGUCCAUAUCCAUGAGGGCACCACCUGCUCGAAUGCCGCCUCCGUCGGUGGGCACUACUGGAACAAGGACCUCUAUCCGGAAGACCCCUGGAUGGACGUUCGCUACGUGAUCGAGGGCUCCAUGCCGUCGGCAGUGAACGACCUGACCGUCACAACGGGCUACAAUGCCGACGACAUCGACGGCCGGGCUGUGGUGGUCCACGACUACGACGGUGUUCGCAUUGGUUGCGCCAUCAUCGAGAUGCUGGAGGAGGAGCCAGCGCCUGUGGACGGUGAUGACUUGUACGUCUUCGACUUGAGCCCCUACGUCG